AUGUCCAAGCUCAUUGUUGUUACCGGUGCAACUGGCCUACAAGGCUUAGGGGUUAUUGAUGCCUUGUCUGCGAACCCCGAAUGGAAAAUCCGAGGCGUUACCCGAAAUACGAACAGCGAAAAUGCUAGGAGACUAGUCGAGCGAGGCAUUGAAAUGGUAACCGCAGACCUAGAUGAUGAAGAUAGCCUCGUCAAAGCUUUCGUCGGCGCACACGCCGUUUUCGCCGUUACAGAUUUCUACGAGCCCUUUGGUACUGGGAUAGGGCCUGAAAAGUCCAAAGAAAUUGAGUACGAUCGAGGUGUGAGGUUGGCCCGUGUCGCUGCGAAGAUUCCCACUCUCGAAAAUUAUUUUUGGAGCACCUUACCUGCUGCGAGCAAGUUAACAAAUGGGGAGGUGGAGGUUCCACAUUUCGAUGCGAAAGGAGCCAUUGAUGAAUAUAUCAAGAACGACCCGGUCUUGAACGCAAAGACUAUCUUCCUUUUGACUGGGUUCUAUCCAUCAAAUUUUGGCUAUCCGCCUUUUACUCCAGUCUAUUCUAAACCAGCUUCAAGAUGGUUGCUGGUCCUCCCAGCAAGUCCUUUGUCCUACCUUCCCUCACUGGGCUCAGUGAGUAAUAUCGGCGUUACCGUUAGCGGACUUUUGCAGAAUCCAUACCCCCGAACAGCGAGCGGAUCCAAGGGGGGUCGAUAUGUUCACGUAACGACUGGCAAGUAUCAGAUACAGGACUAUUUCUCCCGAUGGGCAGAGAUUGCAGGAAAGGGGAAACUCCAAGUUCUAUCAGUUCCAUUCGAGCAGUUCGAAGAGCUACAUGGAAUGUGGGGGACUGAGCUAGGCCUUAUGGUGAAGUUCUGGGAAUUUGCUGGAGCUCCAAAGAUGUGGGGGACGGUCGGAGAAGGCGAUGUGAUGAUCGAUUGUCGUGAUCUUGAGGGCGUGAAGGAACGUCUCCUUACUGCUGAAGAUGCCUGGAGACUGAGGAAGUGGGAUUGA